AUGGCGGUCUGUAUGGGACUAGUGACUCGUCUGCCUCUUUGCGUCCAAGGAAGGGGCCGAUUCUUCGAUUCUUUCCACCGGCACCUUAGUUCUCCCGGAACUGCCAUCCUCAAAAGAGAAGAGCCGCCUACGGGAAGCGAAGAGCCAGGCUUGCCAGGAAACAGAAAGACUUUCUCUGAAGUGCAAAAAGAAAGACAUGAGCAGGCACAAAGGUCCAUUUUAAUAAGCUGCCCCAAGAAAGUUCCUGAGAAAAGACUUCUUAAGCAUUUGUGUCAGCAUGGAGAAAUCACUAAUCAUUUCUUCUUUGAAAGCUUUGGCAUUCAUGCUGUUAUAGAAUAUUCCAAAAAAGAAAGUAUAGCUUCACUGCAGGAUUCAACUUUUAUCCCUCAUGGAGAAACAGAGUUUCCUAUUCCUUUUAAAUCUCGGUUCUUUAAUAUAAACUUGAAGAAUCCAUCAAACCAAAUUUCAGAUGGGACGCUUGUACAGUGUAGUGACCAGUCUAGCCCUUCAAAUGUGGAUCUUGUCGAGAUGCUUUGUAAUGCAGAAAGUGUAGAAGGCCAAAUAAUCACCCUCAUGAGGAUAUUACAAGUAACAGAAGAGAACAUUAGGCUCCGAUACCUUACCUGCUCUCUUAUUGAGGAUAUUGCAGCUGCAUAUUUUCCAGCUUGUACUGUCAAACCAUUUGGGUCUUCAGUAAACAGCUUUGGGAAGCUGGGCUGUGAUUUGGACAUGUUUUUGGAUCUAGAUGACAUUGGUAAAAAUAGUGCUGCCAAGACAGCAGGAUCAUUUUCAAUGGAAUAUCAGGUGAAAAAUGUUUCUUCUGAAAGAUGGGCAACUCAGAAGAUUCUGUCUGUGAUUGGAGAAUGCCUAGACAACUUUGGCCCAGGUUGUGUGAGUGUACAGAAGAUAUUACAUGCUCGCUGUCCAUUGGUGCGGUUCUCUCAUCAGGCUUCUGGUUUUCAGUGUGAUUUGACUGCUAAUAAUAGGAUUGCCCUGAAAAGUUCAGAACUCCUGUACAUAUAUGGCACUCUAGACUCCCGAGUAAGAGCUCUGGCAUUCAGUGUACGAUACUGGGCGAGGCAGCAGGCAUUGACAAGCAGUAUUCCUGGUGCUUGGUUAACAAAUUUCUCCCUUACGAUCAUGGUCAUCUUUUUCCUUCAGAAAAGAUCUCCUCCAAUCAUUCCAUCGCUAGACUAUCUCAAAAAUCUCGCAGGUGCAGAAGACAAAUGCAUAAUUGAAGGCAAUGACUGUACAUUGGUUAGUAACUUGGACAGAAUUAAACCUUCUUUAAACACAGAAACACUAGAUAUUCUACUAUGUCAGUUUUUUGAAUAUUUUGGAAAUUUUGCUUUUAAUAAGAAUUCUAUAAAUAUUCGAAAGGGAAAGGAGCAAAAUAAGCCUGACUCUUCUCCUAUAUACAUUCAGAAUCCCUUUGAACCCACCCUUAACGUUAGCAGAAAUGUUAACGAAAACCAGCUGGAAAGAUUUGUCCAUCUGGCUAGAGAAAGUGCUUGGAUUUUGCAACAAGAGGACAAAAGUCAACUUUCAAAAUCAAGUAGCCAUCCUUGGGGGCUGGCAGCCCUGCUUCUACCAUCUGGAUUAAAUAAAUCCAAAGCCAAGAAGCCAGGGAAAGGACCUACAAAUGAGAGGAUCAGAAAGUUGUUAGAGUCUAUAAAGGCUGAUUCCGCAAAACGUUCCACAGCUACAAGGGAGAAAAGAACUACUCAAUCGUGAGGACUGCUUUCUUUUAAGAAUUGAUUGUGUCCAAUAAAAAGGUAUUUGAAAUACAAUGGGAAAACUGAACUUGGCCUUCCACAAAUUCCUUUGCAUCUGAUCCAGCUCAUUGUACAGGAUGUGGAGCAUCCAGAACUAGCUUUUAUCUGGCAACCAUGUGAGGUCAGAGCCAGAUAUUUUUAUAGAAUGAAAAUGACAAGAGAAAAAAGGUUGGGGAAUAAGAAAAUGAAUGGAUAAUAGAGGGAUGGUACCCCCUUCUCUUAGUAGAAUCACAAUUUAAAAAAGCAAUUCGUUGACUACAAUGCUACCAGUCUUAUUGAUUGAAAAUUAUUUUAAAUUUAAGCCUCCUAACCAUGUUCAUGGCUAUUUUUACUGUGCUUAAGUUACUUAGUAACUUAAAAGCAAUAAAACAUUUAAGAUUCAUUAGGAUUGUUAAGAUUUAAUAAAAGUAUUAUUCAUUUUAAGAAUAUUCCUAAUUACUUUUAAAAGGAACAAAACAAAUGGGUGCUGCCUUCUGUGUUAAGGAAUGAACAAAGUUAGGGAAUAGAGAAAACAAUAAAAUAUCCAACCUCUCAUUUGUAGUUAGCCUGAUUAUGGUUGUUUUUGGUGUGUUGCUAAUCUUUUCAGAUUAUGAUCCUGUAUUAUUUGCUCUUCCUUUCCAUAAUCAAAAAAUAAAACUCACCAUUCCUUCCA